AUGGAAGAAACCUUCAAUUCAGCUCAGGAAGGUUGGGACUUUAUGGAGGACUCAUGUCCAUUUGAAUCAGAAAUAGACCUAUGCUCUGAACUCACUGAGUUUGAGGACCAGUUCUCAUUGAGUUAUGGAACUUCUUGUGCUCUCUUGGAAGAUAUGCAGUACCAUAUCCAACAAGAACUAAUGGCUGAUAAUAAUACCACAGGACCAAGUAGAAGUAGCAACUCCACUGAGAAUGAGAAUUUGAAUGAAAAACCUGGAGAUAAUUCCGCAGCUCCGCUCUGUGAUGACGUGAGGAGGGGAACCAUUCUUGUUGAAGUGGGAUCAGAAACUGACAUGAUGAGACAGACUUCCUCUGGUGCUGUUACAGUAGCACAUUAUAAAGCUGAUGACAGCUCUGUAAUUGGAUGUAAUACUUGCCAAAGUUCUAGACAGAAAGAAGUGACAGCUUUAAAUAGAAACUCCACACAGAAGCACAGCGGGAAUCCAAAAGUUGGAGAGGCAUUGAAGCUUCCUGUGUCACAAUCUCAAGAUGAUUCUUUCAACCUUCUGCCCUGUACAAAACAUCCCACAUCUCCUUCAAUUUCCAGUGUUUUUAAUGUGUCUCACCCCACAAAUAACAGUGUCCAGAAUAUGUCUCCUGCCUUAUCACCGAUAUCAUCCAGCUUGUCCAGUCCUCAAAUGAACCAUCGCAUCGUAUUGCUGCCUGAACAGGAUGGAGGUAAAGUGAAAAAAGGAGAACGAUGGUUCCGUGAAAUAGCUGGGGAUCAGCCUAAAGUUUCAACAGAGGUUACUGACAGAAAUGGAAAUCACAGAAUUGUCACAAAGCUUGAUCUGAAUCUCAGUCGACAGGGAUCUGGAAGCUCUACAUGGAGCAGUGCUGGCACACCUAGUUCCAAAAUUACAGAAACAUCCCUCCUGAAGCAAGAUGAGAUCUGGUUACUAGAUGGUGAAGAUGUCAUUUCACACAAGCCUUUAUGUCGAGCCACCAGACCUGAUCACCUGGACAUCCUAAGGAUCACACCACCAGAGGAUGACAUCUUUGGGGAGGCACUGGGUCAUCAUUGGGGAGACACUGUGUCAAAAUCCGGGUUAAUGACUGGGACCACUUCUCCAACAGACAAUGGGGACAGGACACCUGGGAAACUUGUGGCCCAGUGGCCUCCACCCAAGCCUCAGGAUGGGGAAGAAAAAGUGGGCCUCCGUUACACUGAAGCAGAGCAUCAGGCUGCACUUUUUCAGCUAAAGAGAGAACAAAAAGAGGAGCUGGAAAAGCUAAAUGCUGACUUCGAGCUCAAGGUCUUCCAGCUGCGUGGAGAACAUGCCGUGGCUGUGUCCCGUCUGGAGGAAACCAUCUCCGAAAUCCAGCAAGGCCGAGGCACGUUCCGGGUGCCGCGCAAAGUCCAAGAUGCCUGCGUCUCCACUGAAGAUGAUACAUCCCUCAAAACAUAUCGCAACGUUUGCAUCCAGACUGACCGUGAAACUUUCAUCAAGACUCCAGAGGGCGAUACGGAACAGACUAAGCCUAUCCAGAAUCUUCCAAAAAGGCUCGACCUCGACUCCAUCACCACGAAUCUUGGGGUUGUACCUGGAGCUCCUCCUCCCCCACCUCCUCUGCCAAACCAAUCAAAAAGUUCACCAGCCUCAGCUCCAGGUGCUCCACCACCACCGCCUCCACCGCCACCUCCACCCCUUCCUGGAUCUGCACCACCACCGCCUCCACCACCUCCGCCUCCUUUACCUGGAUUCGGACCUCCACCGCCACCACCCCCGCCUCCUUUACCCGGAUUCGGACCUCCACCGCCACCACCCCCGCCUCCUUUACCCGGAUUCGGACCUGCACCACCACCGCCACCACCCCUUCCUGGAGCCCCACCUCCACCACCCCCUCUACCUGGCAUGCCUGGGCUCCCACCUCCACCUCCACCCAUGCCAGGGUUUGGUCCACCUCCACCUUUGCCCACUUUUGGCCAGGUAAUGGAAGCAUCUCCUCGCAAACCAGCUGUAGAACCGACAUGUCCCAUGAAGCCUCUGUACUGGACAAGGAUUCAGAUUCAAGAAAACAACAAUAACACGCUUUGGGGUUCUUUGGAGGAGCCAGAUAUCAUUGACACUAAGGAGUUUGAGGAGCUUUUCUCCAAAGCUGCCAUGCAGGCAAAGAAGAAGACUCUUUCUGACACAUAUGAGAAGAAGACCAAAGCUAAGAAGAUUAUAAAGUUAUUAGAUGGGAAACGAUCUCAAGCUGUGGGGAUCCUAAUAUCCAGCCUUCACCUGGAGAUGAAGGAUAUUCAGCAAGCUGUUCUGACCGUGGAUCACUCCAUCGUGGAUCUGGAGACCAUUGAGGCUCUGUAUGAAAAUAGGGGUCAAAAUGACGAACUGGAAAAGAUCAAGAAAUAUUACGAGACGUCGAAAGAGGACGAAGUCAAGCUACUGGACAAGCCUGAACAGUUUCUGUACGAGCUGUCACAGAUUCCAGAUUUUGCUGGCCGAGCUAGCUGCAUCAUUUUUCAGGCAACCUUUUUGGACUGUAUAUCCUCCAUCCAUGGCAAAGUAGAGAUCAUGUCCACUGUGUGUAAGCGACUCCUGGAGGGCAACAGCCUCAAAGACAUAGUCGGUCUUGUCUUAGCCUUUGGAAAUUACAUGAAUGGUGGAAACAGGACUAGAGGCCAGGCUGACGGUUUUGGCCUAGAAAUUCUUCCUAAGUUGAAGGACGUUAAAAGCAGGGAUAAUAACAUCAGUCUGGUGGAUUAUGUGGUGUCGUACUAUCUACGUAACCUAGAUAAGGACGCAGGGACGGACAAAAGCAUUUUCCCACUGCCAGAACCUCAGGAUUUAUUCCUUGCUGCUCAAGUCAAGUUUGAAGAUCUUACAAAAGAUAUGCGAAAGCUGAAGAAAGAUCUCACAGCCUGUGAAAAAGAUGUGGAUAAAGUAUGUGCUAACUCAUCAGAAGAACACCUCCAGCCAUUUAAAGACAAGAUAGAUGCCUUCAUCACCACCGCAAAAGAAAAAUAUGCAUCUGAAGAGGAUCAGCUCAAUGCCGUCCAGAAAAGCUUCCAGGACAUGGUGGCCUAUCUUGGGGUCAAGCCCAAGUCUGGAGAGAAGGAGGUUGCACCUAACUACAUUUUUCUGCUGUGGUUUGAAUUCUGCAAUGAUUUUAAAAAUGUAUGGAAACUUGAGAGUAAAAUCAUCUCCCAAGAGAAACUAAAAGAAGCUCAACAAAAUGUUAAGAAGAUCACAGCUGAAAAGAAAGUGGAAACAAAACAGGUUAAUCCCAACAGUCUGAAGGAGAGACUUAAACAGAAGGCAACUACAUCCUCUAGCUGAAGAUGAAAAAGGAAAAAGCCAGAAAAAGAAAGGAAAUGGAAAUGAACUGAAAGUUUCCAGUAAAGAGCUGCAUUUUAAUCUGCUACUUCACCAAGAACGCAGCAUUGAGUAACUGAUCUGAAUUGCAAGUGCAAUCAAAAGUGCUCGAUUUGAGCUGGAGAAAAUAAUAUAUAAUUAACUACUACAUAAAAAUGCUGCUAGGAAAAUGUAUUGGACCUCAACUGUCUUCAUAUCAUAACAAAUAACAAAAACCUGAAUCUCCUGUGGUGACUCUUGACUCCUGUGGUGACUCUGUGGUGGCUCUUUCUUCUCAGGUUGGAAGAGUGGGGGUCUUUGGAACAAACAUGUUUUUAAGACUUCAAAACCCAAAAUCUAUUUUAGUUUAAGAUGAGGCCAAUAAAGUUAAGCAAUAUGCUCAUAGUUCUUAACCUGUUCCCUUGGGCUGAUGGUGGACCAUGACGAAAUUUCAUUCUGAUCUGCAACACACAGUCUUGUUUUGCCUACCUGCCUGGAAGGGUGAAGGAUCACACCUGCUUCCUGCAAGACAUGUGAGGCUAUAUUCAAUCCACUUUUCUGUGCUUUGAAGAGCCACAUAUGAGCACAAAUACUAUGAAGAUUGGCUGGUCAUUUUGCUUAGGCGAGAAGCUAUAACAAUGCUGGGGGUUAAAGUAGCGAUCUGCUAAAAAUAGAGUAAAUACUUUUGUGUUCUCAAGGGUUCUGCUAGGUUUUUAAGAAACAUACUGUAGCCAC